AUGCCUUGCAAUGGAAAAGAGGUGUACAGACUUUCCUAUAAAGAUGAAUGGCUGGUGAAGACAUUGUGUGAAAGUCUGAAAGAUUGGACGUCAAAUCCUGACCAGGACUUAUUACAGCCUGAGACUGUAACAGACACACAGACCACACCGGAGGCUGUAACAGACACACAAACCACACCCGAGGCUGUAACAGACACACAGACCACACCCGAGGCUGUAACAGACACACAGACCACACCUGAGACUGUAAUAUGUCAGAGACCUCUAGAAACUGAAAACAUAGAUGAUUCACAGUACAAAAUAGAGUCCGAGAUUGACAAGCGUCUUGCUCUUUACAUUGGUAUUAGACAUUUUGAUCGAAGAGGUGAUGAUGGGAUGAUCGAUGGAACAGGGACGUACGAUGAUGCACUGAAUAGGGAAAAGGAAGAAAGAAUGGAUAGAAUAGAGUUAAAGAGAGCUUUGGAACAUUUAAGCUUUACAUUCAAAAGCAACAACCUUGAAAAGGAAACAACAGAAAAAGAAGUUGAUGCACUCAUAGAUACAGUAUUGACAGAUGCAGUAAACAAAAAGGUUGGAAUCAUUGUUGUCAUGAUAAGCUCACACGGAGAGAAAGUCUUCGAGCAGAGUGAAAACAACAAAAAUGAAUCUAUACUUCGACAUCGCAUUCUGUUGGAAGACAAAUGUUUGUACAUAGACGACCUUCUGAAAAAGUUUGAAACGAAGAAGCAAUUAAAAGGCAUCCCUAAGUUAUUUUUUUUCCAA